CUCCAUCCCUGUCCCCUCUCUCCAGCCCUGUCCCCUCUCUCCAGCCGGGUCCCGGGAUGGCAGUGCCGCUGGCCGUGGCUCUUGCGGUGGCCCUGGCGCUGUUGGCUGCCGAGGCGCUGAAGGAGCCGCUGCUGAACGUCUGCAUGGACGCCAAACACCACAAGAGCGAGCCGGGCCCCGAGGGGAGGCUGUACCAGCAGUGCUCCCCCUGGAAGGACAACGCCUGCUGCACAGCCAACACCAGCCUGGAAGCCCACAAGGACCAGUCCUACCUCUACAACUUCAACUGGAACCACUGUGGGGUGAUGCCACCCAAGUGCAAGCGCCACUUCAUCCAGGACACGUGCUUGUACGAGUGCUCACCCAACCUGGGGCCCUGGAUCGAGCAGGUUGACAGCAGCUGGCGUCGGGAGAGGAUCCUCCACGUGCCCCUCUGCAGGGAGGACUGCGAGGAGUGGUGGGAGGACUGCAAGGACGCCCUCACCUGCAAGGAGAACUGGCACAAGGGCUGGAACUGGGCCACAGGAACCAACCGCUGUCCCUGGGGCUCCAUGUGCAGACCCUUCAGCCAGGUCUUCCCCCGCCCCCAGGACCUGUGUGAGAAGAUCUGGUCCAACUCCUUCCGCUACAGCCCCGAGCCCCGGGGCAGCGGCCGCUGCAUCCAGAUGUGGUUCGACCCUGCCCAGGGCAACCCCAACGUGGCCGUGGCGCGGUACUACGCCCGCAGACAGAGAUCCUACCCGGCUCAGGCUGGCGGGGCCCCGCGGGCACUGCCCUGCCCCGCGCUGCUCCUGCUGCCCCUGGCCCUGCUGCUGCUGCCCGGGCAGCUGGGGGCUCUGGGCGCCCAGGGACCGAGCUCCCUGUGACCUCCCUGCCAGGGGCACGGCCAGGCUGCCCCAGCUGCCCUGCGAGAGGAACUGACCUCGGAACUCCCUCUGUCUGUCUGUCUGUCUGUCUGUCUGGCCCAGCGCCCAGCACGAGUUGUGUUGCUGGACCUGGGUACCACCUCUCGCUGCUGACCAGAGCAGGGAUUUUCGUACCUCUGGGGAGGAGCAGAGCAGUCUCUGCUCUGAUGUGGGAGCUCCUGCCCAUCUGUUCCCCCCACGGCGUGUGCUGGCGUGGCUGAGCUCUGGUGGCUGAGCUCUGGUGGCUGCUGGGGCUCCCUGAAGGGUGGCUGUGAAAAUAAAGUCUGGCUCUGGAUCA